AUAUACACCAACUAAGAGAAAAAUGGCUACCAACUUGAGUUUUUGGCUAUGUUUUCUCCUAAUCCUUUUUGUUUCAUUUUCGGUUUCUGAACCUCGGCCGAUUAUUCCAUUUCCGACGAGGAGUCAGGCAUUAUUGUCCGAGGGGCAACAUUACAGUUCUAAGGAAAUUUCAGGCGAGGCGGCCAAAAAGCAUACUCUGAUGAAGGAAGCUGAAUUUGUGUUGGAGGAAAGCUUGGAGAGACAGGAAGGAAAGCCUUUUGAGGAGUUCGAAAGAUUAAGUCCAGGCGGACCUGAUCCAAAGCAUCACUGAUUAAUCAUCUGCUAAAUUAUAGGCCUAAAGCGAAACUAAUCUGUAAAAUUUGAUCAGCAUUUGGGUUGGGGCGGGCAAUUUUCUCCAAAUAAUAAGCAAAAUUUAGUUUGCAGGUGCGCACGGAUAUGGUCUAGUCUGUAUUCUACAUAUAUAUAUGGCUGAUCAAAAAUAUAAAUGUAAUGUUAAUGAAUUGUUUUACAACUU